AUGCGAAUCCAAAAGACUUGCCUAUAUGAAAGAACCUUUCUGUUUCUGUUAGGCAGGCCAAGUGACCUGAGACCUGUUUCCAUGCCAACAGACUAUAGCUGGAUGGGAGAAUCCAAGGAACCAAAUAUGUAUAAGAGAGGCAGUAGAGACUCUGAGAAUUCAUUGCUGCACUACCUGAGUGAUGAUAAGAUCCUUGUUAUUCAGGAGGAGCCAGUAAAUCAAAGGGAAGGCAAAAGAGAAACAGGCCACAGGUCAAGAAAAAAGAAUAAAAACCCAAGCAGCCCCAACUUUCCCAUUAGUCCUACACUCCUGACAUCCACAGUACGACUUGAACCAAGCCAACAGGACAUUGUGAACUUUGCACUAGCAGAGAGCAACACUGUCCCCCUAUAUCAUAUUAAAGAACUUGUGAAGCAGGAGGCAUCUGAAGAAGAUUUGCAACAUAAUGAUGCUUUAGAGCCUUCUGUAGGAGACCAGUAUGAAAGUGUAGUUGAAGUUACACAGCAAAGGAAGGAAAAGAAAACAGUGGAAUCUCUGACAGCAGGUAAUGUUGUGGAGUGA